AUGAGGAGCCUAGUUAAUCGUAUUCACACGAGCUGGCUUGUAGUUCGUUUGCAAAUGACUUCGGGUGCCAUCAAGAAGCAGGGAUUCUUCUAUAAUCUCCUAGUAACGCAUAUCUUCUUCCCAUUCAUCAACAGGUUUCUUAAAAACAUUGUUGACAAAUCCAGUGAAGCCCUUUACAUUCAAUUAACUUCUACUGGCCAUGGAAGCAAGUAUGGAAGAGGAGGAACAAAAGGAGCAGUGACGAUGUUCAUCGACAAUCCUAUCCAUUUCUGUUGGCUGAUGAUAUUGGACGAGAAAAUGGGAUUGGGUGAAGCAUAUAUGGCCGGAGACUGGCGAGCUGAACCGAAUCCAACCGAAUUCCUCAAACUUCUCAUCAGAGCAAAGAGUUCGUCCCCACAUCGCUCAUUCAUCCUUCGCAAUUUCAACUACCGUAUUCCAGAAGAGAAAGCCGCUUCCCGGAAGCCGUCAUCGAAGUCUUCCAGGGGAAGCUUCUUUGCUACCGUAAUCGGAUUGUUGCUGGGCUUUGUUCGUAAAGUAACUGCCGUAGUCAACUAUAUCCAACAUAGAAUCAGAGACAAUACAGUAGCCCAAAGCGCCAAGAAUAUCGAAGAGCACUAUGACCUCGGUAACGACAUGUUCGAAUUGUUCCUUGACAACACCAUGACCUAUUCAUGUGCUCUUUUCGAAAAGCCUGGACAUCGUGUGGAAAAGGUCGAUUUCGACGAAUUGGAGAAAGCCCAGUUGAAGAAAAUCGAUACACUCAUUGACAUGCUAGACCUUAAAGAAACCGACAAAGUCUUGGAGAUUGGUUGCGGAUGGGGAGCGUUUGCCAUUCGAGGUGUUCAGCGAUCGGGUUGCCAAUGGACUGGUCUGACAAUUUCCCACGAACAGCUUGCUCUGGGUAAGGAACGAGUGAAGGCUGCUGGCCUCGAGGACAAGAUCGAUCUGAAAAUCCAAGACUACAGGCUUGCUCAAGGCUCCUACACGAAAGUGAUUUCGGUGGAAAUGAUUGAAGCCGUUGGGCAUGCCUUCCUUCCACAGUACUUCCAAGUUAUCUCGGAUCGUUUGGUCCCUGGAGGAAAAGCCGUCAUCCAGGCCAUCAUUUGCCCUGAUGCCUACUACGAAAGAUAUUCGAAAUCGUCAGAUUUUAUAAAGAAGUACAUCUUCCCAGGAGGACAUAUGCCCUCUCUUGGGGCAAUAAACGCCGCCCUGCCGAACGAUCUUCGAUUUGGAGAGAAACACCACAUUGGCCGACAUUACGCUACCACAUUAGAUCAUUGGUACAGUGCAUGGAUGAUGUGCGAAAAGGAUACGUUGGCACUUGGCUACUCAGAAACCUUCCACCGACGGUGGCAGUAUUAUUUUUGCCUCUGUUCAGCCUUAUUCGCCAAUGAUCAUAUCGAUGCCGUUCAGUUUGUGUUGAACAAAUGUUAG